GAGUCACUAACCAAGAUGUCAGAUGAUGAUGAACCUCAGUACAAGCGCUCCAAAACACUGCAUUAUGGGAGUUUGGAGGAACAAGAACGCAGGCGUCUGGCCAAUCCAGAAUCCACAGGCUCGCUGGCAUCAGACGCCAUCCAGGCCGGCGUGUCUGCAGGAAAUAUCAACCUUACAGAAGCUGACAUAAUGGAGAUUGAUGAAGAUAUCAGACAGAGUCAAGCCGAGUUGUUAGCUGAGUUUGAGAAAAGAAAACGGGCUCGUCAGAUACAAGUCUCUACAGACGACUCGGAGGUAAAAGCUAACCUGAGACAGCUGGGAGAACCUAUAUGUUUGUUUGGAGAAGGACCUGCAGACAGAAGGGAAAGGUUACGCAAACUUUUGGGAACAAUUGGAGAAGACAGUCUGAAGAAAAAAGGCAUCCAUCAACAGCAACAGAAACAAAAGGAAGAGCAGGAAAAUAUCACCUGGUACCACGAGGGCCCAGAUUCUUUACGAGACGCCCGGAUAUGGCUGGCAAAAUAUUCCCUUCCCAGGGCGAAGGCGCGUUUAGAAAAGCAAAGAGAAUUAAAGGACAUCCCUCAGACUCAGAAACAAGCUGCCACUCAAGAUCUUCAUAAACGCCUGAGGUCACUGACAAUAGAAUGCAGUCAGAUAGGGGAUAAUCGACCAUUGUCUUUCUGCCAGUUCAGUCCAAACUGUAAAAUGCUGGCCGUCGGAUCCUGGUCAGGUUUGUGUAAGCUCUGGUCAGUGCCGAACUGCGAUCAUAUCCGCACAUUAAGAGGACACAACUGUAAUGUAGGAGCCAUUGUCUUCCACCCUCAGGCCACACUUACCCUCGACGACUCAGCCUGUUGCUUAGCCUCCUGUGGACAAGAUGGGACGGUCAAACUGUGGAACUUGAUCAGUGAUGAGCCUAUAGCCGACAUCGAGGGUCACGCCCCGUACAGAGUGUCUCGUCUGGCAUACCACCCCUCGGGGCGCUUCCUUGGCACAUGUUGUUUUGACAACUCGUGGAGGCUUUGGGAUUUAGAGGCUCAGGAGGAGAUUUUGCAUCAGGAGGGUCACUCCAAACCUGUGUAUGACCUGGCGUUCCAGGGGGAUGGGGCACUGGCCGUCACAGGUGGCCUUGAUGCCUUUUCGCGAGUUUGGGAUUUGAGAACUGGUCGCUGUAUCAUGUUUCUAGAAGGUCAUCUAAAAUCUGUGCUCUGUGUUGAUGUUUCUCCAGAUGGAUACCAUGUAGCGACAGGAAGUGAAGACAACACUUGCAAGAUUUGGGAUCUGCGACAACGAAAAUGUUCCUACACCAUUCCAGCUCAUACCAAUAUAAUCUCAAAAGUCAAAUUUCAACCUAAUCAUGGGAACUACCUGAUCACUUCAUCCUAUGACCAGACAGCCAAGGUUUGGGCACAUCCGGUCUGGUCUCCACUGAAAAGCCUUGCUGGACACGAAGGCAAGGUCAUGUGCCUGGACAUAUCCUCCGAUCUCAAAUACAUGGUGUCAGCGUCCUUCGAUCGAACGUUCAAACUGUGGCAGACGGAGCUUCCUGGCGGCCUGUGAUGAACUGAUGGGAUGGUGAAAUCAGUGACGAGUAGUCGGCUUUAAGUCAUCGUAUCAGCCUCAGCUGCCCUUAACAUUUUCUUUUCAAACUGUUGUCAUAAUUUUCGUACACCUUGCUUAACUCAAUGGUGCAGAGUUAUUUUUAUAUAAUUCUUGAGAUUUCUUGUCUGGAAAAGUAUUUUAACUUUGUUACGGCGCUUUAUGGUCACUUUACAACUCCAUUGUAAAGUCAUCAAGUGGAAAUCUGUUGUCAGUCAAACCCUUUCAUUCAAUGAAAUGUUCGCUUUUUCAUUCACUGUUACACUAGGUUGUCACUAUAUGGCAUGACUGACUGAAAACCUGGCAAGUUUUGCCGUCCUCUUGAACUGAAAAGGUUUUUGAUCAGCCAUCCAGGUGCAUCCAUCCAUCCGCUGCCCGUCCCCUCCCCCAGCUUCAUUUCCACUGUGUUCCCUUAGCUAAGUUUUACGGCUCAGACCUGUCCAGAAUGACAGUAUACCCAGGGUAUCUGUUCUUAAGCUCUAGGCUCAGUUUGCUCAUAAAGAAGUCAGAAAGGCCACCACAAACCAGUAAAGAUGAUUUACAGAUUGAUGUCAUUCAGUCAUACGCUGAAGCAAG